AUGGAUGUCCUUACCCAGUAUGCCUACAAUGAGAGUUUCUUUAAUGGGACAUGGAGCUUCAACGAAACAGAGCAAGAGCAGAAGCACCCCUACAACUACUAUGCUAUGCUCCUCACACUGCUGAUCUUUGUCAUUGUCUUUGGCAAUGUGUUGGUGUGCAUGGCUGUGUCCAGGGAGAAGGCUCUGCAAACCACCACCAACUACCUGAUCGUCAGCCUGGCUGUGGCUGACCUGCUGGUGGCCACACUGGUGAUGCCCUGGGUUGUCUACCUAGAGGUGGUGGGAGAGUGGCGUUUCAGUAAGAUCCACUGUGACAUAUUUGUCACUCUGGACGUGAUGAUGUGUACAGCCAGCAUCCUCAAUCUCUGCGCCAUCAGCAUUGAUCGUUACACAGCAGUUGCCAUGCCAAUGCUGUACAACACUCGCUACAGCUCCAGGAGACGGGUCACCGUAAUGAUUUCUGUAGUAUGGGUGCUGUCUUUCGCUGUAUCAUGUCCUCUCCUGUUUGGACUAAAUAACACAGCUACUCGCAAUGAGUCCCUGUGUGUGAUUGCCAACCCGGCCUUUGUGGUGUACUCUUCCAUUGUGUCCUUCUACGUCCCGUUUAUCAUCACUCUGCUGGUCUAUGUUCAAAUUUAUGUGGUGCUACGGAAGCGACGUAAACGGGUAAACACCAAACCAAAGCAGCGUGCUUGUCAGGCUCCUGACAACGACUUGACCGCUUCACUGAAGGAUAAGUGCACUCAUCCAGAGGAUGUGAGGCUGUGCACCAUGAUGGUCAAAUCUAAUGGGAGUUUUUCUGUCAACAAGAAGAAAGUGGUGUGUUCCAAUGAGGGGGAAGAUCUGGAGCUGGAUGAGCUGAACAACAGUAGCAGCAGUCAGAAACAGAGGCAGCAGCAACAGUGUACUCCUGGUGACACCCUGGCCACCGGCCACCAGCUACUGAUGCCCAACAAAGGCAACGCUAGCCCCACCUCAGCACCCCCCAGCCCACCUGAAGGCUGCCUUAAAUUGGAGAAGAACGGCAACACCACCAAGAAAGCCCUGGUGGAUACUACACCCGUUGUUGCCAAACCCUCUCAAACGCAGGCCUUAUCUAACGGCAAAACCCAGACCACCAUCAAAACCAUGAGCAAGAGAAAGAUCUCCCAGCAGAAGGAGAAAAAGGCCACCCAGAUGUUAGCUAUUGUCCUAGGUGUAUUCAUCAUUUUCUGGCUGCCGUUUUUCAUCACGCAUAUCUUGAAUAUGCACUGCACCAAAUGCAAGGUUCCUGCUGAGAUGUAUAAUGCUUUUACUUGGCUGGGCUAUGUAAAUAGUGCUGUAAAUCCUAUCAUAUACACCACCUUCAAUGUCGAGUUCAGGAAGGCAUUCAUUAAGAUCCUGCACUGCUGA